CGGCGGGCUGAGAGGCGGCGCGACUGUCAAUUGUUCCCCAGUCCUCGUCAAAAGUCGGCUGUUGUUGCCCGGAGUACAACCGAGACGACCUGAACGGCUGCGUUCAGUCCACACGACGCCUACCGAGGCGACACAUGAGCGGAUCCAGUGUUUCCUGGACGCCCACAACGCCGCGCAAGUUCGCUCCGCUUCGCACUUUGACAUCGAGCUGUCUGGGGCGCAAACCUGUGGGGUUGCUUCUGUAGCCGGAUUGUUGGCAAACAUUUCCUCCACAACCAGCAGCUUCUCACCGCACACCGGGGCUCUGAUUGGUGGUCCUGAGCGGCUCCAAGAGCAGCCAGACUGGGAAGACUUGUUGCGCGUCUCCGGGGAGCGCACCGGUUCGGUUUGCGUGUGAUGCUUUGAUUUGACUGUGGGGCAGCGUGGAGUGGACCGGAGCUUAGAGACUAUGAAAACCCGCUCAUAAUUAAGGAAAUUAGGGUGAUUAUUUUCCUGCAGGCUGACCGAGCUGCUGCUGCUGCUGCUGAGGCUCCGGGGAAGCACCAACCCGUUUCUGCUUUAAAUGGCAUCCAGGCACCGCCGAGGAAAACUUUAUUCGGGUCAGAUCAGUUGAUUCAUUUUAACCCUCCGCGCUUCUUUUCAAACCUCUUUUCUUCCUCCUCGUCGACAUGUCAGAACGCGAUGAAUGUGGAGACGGGCUGUGCAGCGACGGAGCGCCGGACUACAUCCCGACCAGAGCGUCCCGCGGCCGGCGUAGCGGUGUCAUCCUCCCCGGUGGCGGCAGUCAGGACACGGACACCAUCCUGCUGGAGUCUGUGAAGGCGGCACCGCGUCGGAGCAGCAUCAUCAAGGAUCACUCAGUGCAGAAGGUGGGCGGAGGUCGGAAGAAGACGGUGUCCUUUAGCAGCAUACCAUCUGAGAAGAAGGUUAGCAGUGCUGCUGACUGCUUGGCGUUCAUGCAAGGUGGGUGUGAACUGAAGAAGAUUCGGCCAAACUCGAGGGUUUACUGCCGGUUUUACACCCUAGACCAGGACCUGAGCUGCAUACGCUGGGAACCGUCCAAGAAGGAUGGGGACCGGGCUCGGCUGGACAUCUCCAGCAUACGGGAGGUCCGAACUGGGAAGAGCACCGAGACCUUCCUCCAUAACGGCCCUCUCUCUGAGCACCUGGCUGAGGAAGCAGCCUUUUCUGUCAUCCAUGGAGAAGACUACCAGUCUCUGGACUUGGUUGCCUUGUCGGCAGAUGUGGCCAACAUCUGGGUGACAGGCCUUCGCUACCUUUUGGCCCACCCUUCGAUCGUUGGAGGGGGAGGAGGCGGAGGUGGUGGAGGAGGCCCAGGUGAAGGAGGAGGUCUGGUGGUGGACGGCAGCCUGGGAAGCAAGAUGAGGAGCGAGUGGCUGGCGGCAGAGUUCGGUCAGGUGGACGAAGACGGCUACGGCAUCGUGUCGGAGGAUGUCGCCGUAGCUACCAUCUGUAAACUGUGUCCUGGCAUCAAGGAGGCCAAGGUGCGUCUUCGUUUCAAAGAGAUCCAGCGUAGCAAAGAGAAGCUCACCUCCCACGUGACUCGUGAGGAGUUCCAGGAGGCCUACUGCGAGCUGUGCACCCGGCCCGACGUCUACUUCCUACUGGUGCAGCUGUCCAAGGACCGCGAGUGUCUGGACCCUCAGGACCUUCGCCUCUUCUUGGAGACUGAGCAGGGUUUGUCCCUGGCGACCACCGAGGGCUGCUGGGAGCUGUUGAAGCGCUACGAGCCAUCGGUACAGGGCAAGGAGCGAGGCCUGUUGGGUCUGGAUGGCUUCGCCCGCUACCUGCAGUCACCGGAGUGCCAGCUGCUCGACCCGGAGCACCAGGGGAUUUGUCAGGACAUGAACAUGCCGCUGUCCCACUAUUACAUCAGCACCUCAUACCGCUCCUACCUGUUGGAUGACCAGGUCCAUGGCCGGGCCGACCUUGGAGGGCUCAUCAAAGCGCUGCAGUCCGGCUGCCGCUGCUUGGAGCUGGGGGUCACUGACGGACCAGAGGGGGAGCCUCUGCUGGGGGUGGACUAUGGGCCUGAUAUCCCCCGACACCAUCACCACCACCACCAUCAUCACCACCACCACACCCCGGUCACCAUCCGCUCUGCUCUGGAGGUGGUGAAUAAAUACGCCUUCCUGACCUCCCAGUACCCCCUGCUGGUCUACCUGUGUCAGCGCUGCUCUCCGGGUCAGCAGCGCACCAUGGCUCAGCACCUGAAGAAGGUUUUUGGGUCACGACUCUACACCCCCGAGGCCCUGCCAGUAAGCCUGGGAGGCCGAGCCACCACUUUACCCUCACCGGAGCAGCUGAAGGGACGCAUCCUGAUCGUGGGGAAGAAGCUGCCUCCAGAGCAGGAGGGCUCUGACGGGGAGGUGUCCGAGGAGGACGAGGAAAUCGGAGGAGGCGGCCCCCUGGCAGGGAGGAGGAUGACCAUCCCCGGGGAGGAGGAGCUGGGUGUGGUGCUGGUGGUGCCGCCACCCUCUCAGCCCAGGAAGCUCCGUCUGCACAAAGAGCUGUCCGACCUGGUGGCCAUCGCCCGGAUUGGGAGCCGCAGCUUCUACGCCCAGAGAGCCAGUCAGAGACAGGCGCAACAGCAGUCGCCCACCAGCAGCCCGUCCUCCCCCGAGACGCCAACGCCGCCGGAGCCGCCCUACUGGACGCUGUGCUCGCUGGGCGAAGGCGAGGCCGGACGGCUGACCAGCGAGAGCCCAGAGGACCUGGUCAUGUUCACCAAGCGGACCCUGACCAGAGUGCGACCCAGCUCGGUACGUCUGGACUCCAGCAACCCAAACCCUCAGGGCUACUGGAAGGGAGGCGUCCAGCUGGUGGCCUUGAACCAGCAGACCCCCGGCGCCAUGCUGGACCUCCACCGAGGUCGCUUCUCUCAGAACGGAGGGUGCGGUUACGUUCUUCGACCUGCCGUCAUGAGGGACGAGGUGUCGUAUUUCAGCGCCCACACUCAGGGCUGCGUACCGGGAGUCCCAGCUCAAACUCUACGCAUCAAGGUGAUUAGCGCCCACAACCUGCCGAAGCCUCAGGGUUCGGGGGCUAAAGGAGAAGUCAUCGAUCCGUACGUGGUUCUGGAGCUGCACGGUGUCCCGGCUGACUGCGCCGAGCAGAGAACUCGAACCGCCGCUCAGAACCAGGACGACCCGCUUUUUGACGAAACCUUUGAGUUUCAAGUCAACAUGCCGGAGCUGGCCUUGCUGCGCUUCGUCGUUCUGGAUGACGACUACAUUGGAGACGACUUCAUCGGCCAGUACAGCGUGGCCUUCGAGUGCCUUCAGCCCGGCUACCGCAACGUGCCCCUGCUGGGUCUGGCAGGAGACCCCUUACCUCACACCAGCCUGUUCGUCCACGUGGCCGUCACCAACCGACGGGGAGGCGGGAAGGCCCACCGGAGAGGCCUGUCAGUGAGGAGGGUGGGCAGGCGAGGGAGGGAGUACGUGACGCUGAGGCACACUGGCAUCAAGGUGGUGGACGAGACCUUCAAACCAGCCAGCGGACCCCUGAAGGAGGCCACGGACCUGCGGGAGGAUGCCCAGAGCACCACGGCCAGUUUCAAAGAGCAGUGUGGGCUCCCCACUGUGGCCAAGCUGAAGCAGUGCAUCCAGAGCCUGGCCACCAGGCUGCAGAGCCCUGAGGGCUCCAUGGGGGCCUCCAUGGUGCUGAAGGAGGGCUACCCGAGUUUAGAGCCGCUGGUCAGCCUGUCGGAGCCAACCAGGAAGCUGCUGGCCGCAUACGACACGAUGAUCGGCGCCCAGAAGCAGCUGAUUGAGAACGCAGAUGGCGUCCAGGAGAGGAUCGCUCAGGUGCAGAGAGAAGGAAUGGACUUCCAUGAGGAACUGUCUCGGCUCGGGGAGAAGGAAGGACUGAAGGGACGCAAACUGAACAAAGCUGUGGAAAGUUUCACCUGGAACAUCACAGUACUCAAGGGGCAGAGCGAUCUGUUGCGAGGAGCUAAGCUGGAUUCCCUGGAUGCUCUGAGGCAGCUGGCUCUGGCCUGUGAAGCCUGCGGACUCACCUCCUCCUCUUCCUCCAACUCCUCAUCCUCCUCCUUCUCCACUGCCGAGCUGCACUACUCCUCCCACCCUCUGUCCGGCCGCCGAAGCAGCACUCACGGCAACGGACGCAUCUGACAGCCGCCGCCGGGUCCAGACGCCUGCCGGAGAUGAGGAGGGAGUAAUUAGAGAGGAUGGCGGAGAUGAGGAGGAGGCAGAGUUUGUCCCUUUAUCAGAGCAGUGGGUGUCUAGACUAUCCAACACCACAGCACUCUAACUGCUCAAGCCUUACGGUGAGUUCAUCCAUUAUCGCUGAAGGUCCGGCUUGCAGAGUCUCUUCAUGAAUGUCUGUGGUGGGGAUGCGAAGAGAGAGAGAGACAGAGAGAGACGCUUCACAUGGGAAAUUUUGACGGCUCCUGCUUUUUUUUCCUGAGGUUUGACACUGUAACUCAGCUGUUUUUUCCCCCUCAUUAGCGAGGAAACCGAAGACACCUUUGUGACAACGCGGCCGUAAUGAUGUUUACGGCCCUGCUGGGGUUUGGUUUCAGAGGAAAGUCGAGGUGAAUGUAGAGCCGCCUCAGUGUUUCAGUUUGUCUCCUGGGAUGGCGACACCUGUGUGUGCUUAUAAAGCUGCAAGUAGCCUUUUUAAAACUCACAAAAGUUUUAUCCUGCUUUUAUUUUUUAGUGUUUCACAGCAGAUUGAGCCUCUGAACCCCAAAACCGAUCGGCACGCUUGGAAGCCAUCUUAUCUUUAAAUAAAUCACCAAAAUUUAUCUGUCAAAAACCAUAAAAAAACAGACAGAAUUGUUGGAUUUUCAGCUUUCAGAUGAUCUUUAAACUAUUUAUCUGUGAUAUGGGCUUUAGUUUGGAAAACUAAUUAAAUCUAGGGUGGGUCUAAAACUGUGAAUAUUCAUCUAAAGCACUUUUCAAAAUUCACAAAAAAUAAAUAGUUUGCACCAGACACCACAAACAAAAAAUUCUACAUUUGCAGUUGAAAAGCCAUGAUUGAAAAAUAACUAUUUCUCAGCCAGAAACUGUAAAAAAAAAAAAAAAAAAAAAAAAAGCAAUCUGUGGAUUUUCGACUUUCCUUUAACUGUGUUGGAAUUUGAUGUGCUGUUCUGUGAAGAAGACUAAUCAAAUCAAAGCCUAAAAUCGUGAUAUUUCAUCAAUUCAUUUUAUUUCACAUUUAAAAAUUCACAUAACAUAAAAGUUUAUAACUAGAUUCUGUAAAAAAAUUUUAAAAAAUUCUGCACCUCCUGUCACAACCAAGAAGCCAUUAGUGACUCAGCUUUGACCAACAGUCAUGUUACAAAAAGGUUGAAACUUCUCAGUUGAACUGCAGGCUGUGUUUACAUAGAGGAGACAAGUACUGAAAUAAUUUUAAAACAGAAUAGAAUAUCUAAAAUAAUUAAGAUAAGAAUAUCUAAAAUAUCUAUAGUAUGUAGGAUUACCAUUAUUUUUGCAUUAGUAACACCCGUGGCCACUUAAAAAUAUGUUGUACAUGCUGAUUGCAGGUUUUUUUCAGUGUUUGUAAAAGAAAUAGUCAAAGAAAUAUAACUUUCCUUUUUUGCGAUUUAUGAUAUAUCUGUGUCAUGUUGCACAGAAGACAUUUCUGUGUUCUCCCUCCUUCUAGUCAUGGUUGAGCUGUUUCCAUAGAGGUGUAGGACUUAAUAUUACAGUAAAAUAUGAGCCCCCAGUGAGUAAAAUUGUGACAGGAGCAAAGAAACACCCAGAAACUGUUAAGAAUUUAGAGGGCUAAGAUACUGAGGAGAUCCACAGAUAAAGUUGGGCCUUAACCCUAAAUUUACUGACAGUUAAUAGUCAUGAUUGUUUGAAAUGUUGCAGGAAAAUUGACAAAACAAAAACUGAAUUAUGCAUGUUUCCAUUAACUGCUUUGGAGUGAAUAAACUCAGUAGUGUUGUCAGAAAGUAGCACCAAAAAGCACAGAAGAAGAAGAAGAGAACACGAAAAACUUGUCCAUCCACCGGGGAAAAUUUAGAGAAGUCUUCAGGAAUAACUUUUUAUCAGAAAAAUUAGAAUUAUUCUUUCAUAGAUUCCAUAGCUGCCAUGUUUGAUGCUGUCCAGAGAAAGAAACAGCUGAUCAGUCCUGUGGCUUAAAUGUUCGCUACAUCAGAAUGUAUUCAGAAAUGGUGUUUCUACCUCACAUGAAGCUCAUUAACACUUCUUAGGAAAAGUCAAAAACCAUGUCAGUCAGCUAUUUAUGUAACAUUUAGAACAUUUUUUUUUUCCAAAUUUUGCCAGUUCCAUUUACUUUUAUAACACAAUGCUUUAAAACACAACAUGGAAAUAAGGCUAGUUGCAUCACCAUUAACCUUCUUCACACCUAAAUAGCUGCAGUCACCCCUCACUGUCCUAUUUUUGGUCUGCCAACUUGAAAAACAUGGCAGCAGACAUCGAAUUCCUCCAAAGUUAUUGAACAAAAGGGGUUUCAGAUGGAAAAAAAAUCAACUUUAUCUGAAAUAUGAGAAUUUAUUAAUGGAGUAUGGGAGAUUUAGAGGGAUGACAUCUCAAAUCUAGACCCUCCAUUGCAGCUCUGAGCACAUUUUCAAUCAAGCAGCAUUUGUACGCUCACACAGGUUCUGCUCACAUCUGGCCGAUGAUGUUUGAACCUUUGUCCAGCAAAAGGAGGGGACUGAAACACGAGAAGCGAGGCGCAGUAAUCGAAGAGGUUGUGGAUGUUGAUACUGUAGUACUACAUGUCUGCUCUGUGUAGUCUGAUGAGUCUGUACAUGUUUGCAGGAAGAGCAGAUUCCUGCACCAUUGAUGAUGUAGCAAUAAUACUGAGGCUGCAUGACUCAACCAUUGAAUUAACUCCAGAACUCAUGUGUGAAACUACAAAAAUGGCGUCUGGUGGGUAUUACUGAUCACGGCUCAUAUGCUGCCUUCACAUGGGGUUGUGGUCUUUCCUUCAUGCCUUUACAUUUCAUACAAAUGGUUAGCCUUGGUGGCUUCUAGACAUCAAUGGUUGCGUCCAUGUUGUUCACGACUUUCCACAAGUUCCAUUUGAAGGCAGCAUGGGUUGUGUUCACCUGCCAGUGACAGUGUUCUUCUCGGCAUUUGAGUGUAUACACGUGCUUCUUCUUCUUAACGCAGGGAAACAUCUGCUCUUUAAACUCUGCUUUUUGUAUUCUUGAAAUGCUGUCUUUUGACAAAACUCGACAGAAAUGAAGCUCAGCACAGGACCAAACUAACUGGAUUAGAAAAUACCUCCUCACUGUUCUUCUGGUGGACAAAAAAUCUACAACUACAGCUUUUUCUAACAAGCCGUGAUGGUAACAUAUUUGAAACGAUGCUCCUUAAUCCCCCCCCCCGGUGGUUUUUGAGAUCAAUGGUUUUCACUGGAUAGGAAUGAUGCUGUUUAAAAGACCAAAAAAGUUUGUAUUUAGUUCAGCUGAUUUGAUCUCAGCUGACCACUGAACAAAGCAGGCGUGAGGCUAACAGGCACCAUGAGGAAGCUUUUGAAUUAAAGACAUUUUGAAUGUUUAUUCUGCCCUUUUGGAGGCAGAUAGGUGGAACCACAGCAGCACAAGAACCCGAUGUGGACGUUGUCAUCGCAGAUUAUUCAUGUUCAUAUGAGCCAACAGGAACUUCCUUCACCUUCUAGUAGCUUAGUAGAGACAUUGUCGUCUAUUUUGAUCUUUGAUAAACAGAAACUGAUCAUGAUAAUGUUGGAAACAUCUUGUGGUGGUGUGAAUAACUGCAUUUAAGAUGAUGCGAGAUGUAAAAACAUACAAAAUGGAGCUUAAACCAAGUAGUUUUGGUGGUGUAACUUAAUUAAUUAGCUUUGGUACCGAAACUUAACCAUAAAGUUUUGGUGCCAAAUGUGCACCAAUGCUCAAUCAAGUACCAUAGAUUUGGUGCCUAAACUUAAUCGAAAGUAAACACUGAGUGAAAAACCAUUCAUGAAAAUGAAAGUCAGAAUGAGACUUGAGUGAAAAAUAAACUAUAAAAUGCACCAAGAUGGGAUUUAAACUCACAUCUCUUGGGGAAACUGACUUCACAAACCCAAUCGACAUCUAAAUGAAGACUUUUGUUCCUCUUUAGUAGUGUAAAGUUGCUGCUUCUUCACCAUUAAAUGUGGUGAUGGAGGUCCAACCAGGAGGUGAAGGAAGCUCCUAUAAAAGCUGUCUGUGAUGUUAUCGACCAUUUAAUGGGCUGAAAACGUGAAACAUGAGGCUGAAUGUUGUAACAGCUCUCCAGCUGAUCGACCCAGCUGGUGGCUUCAGCGGUGUUUCCUCAUGUAUUCAGUCGCUCUGCUGAAGUGCUGCUGUAUUUUCUGAACCAUCCUUUUGUAAUAACCUCUUUCAUAAAUUCCCUCCACUCUCCUGUUGCUGCUGCUCUGCCGGAGGCUCCAGGUGAGGAGAGACUGAGCUGAUGCACUGCCGUAGGAGGAAGAUGACCUGAUAACAUUUUCCAUGCGAGUGUUUUUUAUUCUGAGACUGGGGGGGCUUCUAAAAGUAGAAAACACAUAAUGGAGGGAGAGAGCAAAGGUUGAAGGAUGGGAGAAGGAGAAGGGGCUCGUAUCGGAGUGGGUUUUUGUUGUUGGUUGGGUAGGAAACACCUGCAGAGCUUCGUAAUUGGCUGUACGCAGUCGACACUUUGGCAGCACCUGCUGUUUCGAUCUAUUAAUAACUCCGACUCACCGGAGGCCUUUGGAUGUGUGUUCAUGUCUGUCACGAUACCACGGUGCCCUGAUUCCUGACCCGACCACGCAGCUCCGGAGGAUCUCCACCGCCCCCGAGAGGCUGGUAUCUGAACAUAGCAUCAUAGGAGCUCUGCAUACUGCAGGAAGGAGGAACUCUACAUUAAUGAUGCAGCAGUAAAACAAACCACAGUAUUAGUUUUCUGUGUUCCGGUGCCUGUUCACAGAAGACAUACAACUGGGUCAGAGAGCAAAUACCUGAUGGGAUUUAUUUUACCUACGAAGAUGGAGGUCAAUGGGUUUACCUUGGAAACGAGUCCGGUUUCAGUAAUUAGGUCCAUACAGCUCAGAAUAAUUCAUCAGGUAGAUGCUGUAUUGACAGUAGAUACAACACCUGAGCUGCUCAUCUGAUCCAAAACAACCAUAUCUAUGUUUUUCACUGACUUGCUUCAAAUUAUUUACCUGCAACAGCGAAUCACACCAUAGUGUUAGUGGGUUGAUUGUGCUUUUAUAUCUUCCAGGCAGCUACUGCUUUCAGUUUCACAUCGGUGUGAUGUGAAAGUCAGCUCGCAAAGACCAAUUCAUCCUGCUUGGGUUUAAUUUUGUCAGCUAUGUAAUUUUUUUCCAUAGGUGCAAAAACACAGAUGAAUUUGCAGCUAUGUUCUGGUUUGGUUCUUUCCUGACAUCUGUUUUACUUCUGUACAUUUGUGCUCAUCUGGGUUUUAAAUUCAAAACUCUGCAAUCACCAGCUCUCUAAAAGUGGAUAUUGGAGCUUCAAUUUCCCCCAAAAAGUGCAGAUUUUUGUGAAACUGAUUCAUUGUGCGCAAUGAUGAUGAAAGCUUCAAGAGACAAGUCGCAUUCGUGAAGGUUUGCAGUAAACAAAUUAAACUUUUAGAAACAGUGGUACGAUCCCUCAGCCUCUCUCCUUCGUGUGUUGCUGCUUUCACUUCUUCAACACACCCGACCAGAUGAUAUGUUCAUGUUGCAGUAUUGAAAAACGAGUGUUUACCUCUGCAGAAGGCACUGCGGUCAGCCACUCGCUACAGUGCUUUACUACGACGUUCAGUAUCUCAUUUGUUCCUCGCUGCUGCACCCUGAUCCCCGACAGUGUGGCCUGCUUCCCUUUAAUAACCAAGAAGUGAAACAACUCGUUCAUCUUAAAGGAGAAUCUGGUUUAUAUCAAUUAUUGUCUGUAUUGUGUCUGUGAGUCAUGCUAAGGCUGCAAUCGCCAACUCAACAGGCAGCCUAUAUCAGUGCAGAAAAUGCAAGUUCCCUGUCAUUUUCAAAACAGAUUUUUACAUGAGUCACUUUUUGUUUUCAGUCAGACUGAAAGAAAACACAAAAAUUAGGCAUAGGAAAUGGACAGUGUGCUAACUCCAGUAUGGAUCUAGGUGAGCGAAUCGCCUGCCUGCUUAUCCACCAGUUUGUUUCCAUGUGUUUUGGUGCUGCAGAAGUUAAACCAAACCAGAUAUCCAGCUGAUUAAACAAUGACUGAGAGUAUGGAGAGCUGAGCUUCUAAUUCUUUUCUUCCAGUUGAUGUUGUGGAGGUGAAACGUCAUCUUCAGGAUGUUAGUCAAAGCUGCAGAUUGACUAGUUGUAGUUCUACAGCUGGGAUUCCUCUCAUCCGUAGACAAAUGGAGAUUUUUCCCAAAUCUUCCAUCAACAGGUCCCACUCUUUGCAGCAACAGUUUUCCUGCCCAGCACAUGACUUGGACAUUGUUGUUGCAGAUUAUUUCAAUAGGAACCUUACAUACCUUCUAGUAGCUCAGUCGGAUGCAUUAACUUCUAUUUUGAUAAUUCAGAAACAGAAAACUAACCAUGAUAACUUCUUGCAGUUGUGUGAAUAAGUUCAUGUAAAACAGCCGAUGGAGUCGUCACCAUGGUAACAUCCAAAAUGGAGCUUUGUAACAUGUAGUAAACACAACAAACGGGUAUUUUUAAACCCCAACUAUGAUCCUUUUUAAAACUUGAUCAAACAGUUUUGGUUAUUAACCUUAAACGAAUAAUUUUGGCACCUAAACUUAGCAAAGUAGUUUGCACAUUUGUAUUUAGUUGUAGUUUUGUUGCCUAAAACACAACAAAACAGCAAGAAAAAAGCAGUGAAUGAAGAAAAGCAAGUAAAAACAAAAGUCAAAAUAAGAUUUGAGUUAAAAAAUGAGAAGAAAAGUCAAAAAUUAAGGUUAAAAACAGGACUUUAAUCCAUGUCUUCUGAGUAAAAUUCAACUCCUCCAACCUAUAAAUGUGAAUCUUUUGUGAAUGCAAAGCUGUAGCUCCACCACCAUUGAAUGUGGUGAUAACCUCCUACUGAGCUACUAGAAGGUGGAGGAUGUUCGACUGGACCAUAUAUUUGGGAAUGAGGCAAUUAAUCAGCCAACAGGUUCCAGAGGUUUGGUGUCUUUCAGGAAGUCUGGUUGUCUUUCUGCCUCCAUCCUUUGAGUCUUCCUUUGAUUCAUUUCCUCUUUAGUGGACCUGCAGCCGUCUUCGUAAUGAUCCAUAUGAUGUUCCACCAUUACAUUUACCUGCGGAAACAAACCAGUAGAUCAAUAUGUUGUGGAUCUGGCUUGACAACAACUAUCCUUAAUGUAGAACCUUAAAGUAGUUAGCAAAAUGGCAGUUUUGGGCUGUUCAUUUCUGUUUAACUUCAGUCAGACUGCUAACAAAAGAAAUGAUUCAUGUAAAAAUGAGGUUUCUGGAAAAGCUGAAGGGAUCUCCACAACAUAAGUGGAGUGUGCAAAGUUAGCAUGACCCAUGGAGCCACAAUAGACACAUUAAUGCUAAAUACAUCAGGCUGUGGUUCUUCUUAAAGCUGUGAUAGUGACGGACAGCAGCAGACUGAUAGAUGCUGAAGAUCAGGUGCUGCAGUGAAUCUGUUACCCACAUGUCUUAACCCAGAGCUGCUCUGUGUGCUCUUCAGUGUGUGAUGCUACCUAACUUUGCAGGCCGCUGGUCAAAUAGCGCUUUAACAUUCGUUUGAGUAAUCGGAGAGUUGUUUGUACCUGCCAUAGUGAUGUGGACAAACUUGUGUAAAUCACUUGUUAUUUUAGGUUGUGUGUUGCCGUGUCUCCACCGCUGACCUUUAAUCCAGCGUUGUUCCCCCAAAACGUCGACUGUAUGUUUUUGUAAAACCGAAAAAAAGGAAGAAAAAUAUUUAUUGAAGUGUGUUUUACUUAAAAAACUCUAAAUAAAUAUAAUUAACUAAAUGGACCUUGCUUUUAUUUUGAAAAGCUACUGUGUUUUCUAUUUGACAAGUAAUCGAAUAUAACAAGAGUAUGUAUCCCAGACUAAAUAAAGUUAUCUUUUCCUGACCAA